UUCUUCAUCACUUUUUCGUCCUUAUACAAUAUUUAAUGCACUUAUUUCUUAUCUACGACCAAUGGAAGCUCGAGAAAUGAAGAUUUGUGUUUAGAAAUAAUUGUAAAUGAGUGAGACGAGAUUCUCUGCACUACUUGAGGCCCUCAAUUCCUAUUUCUUCAUCACUUUUUCGUCCUUAUACAAUAUUUAAUGCACUUAUUUCUUAUCUACGACCAAUGGAAGCUCGAGAAAUGAAGAUUUGUGUUUAGAAAUAAUUGUAAAUGAGUGAGACGAGAUUCUCUGCACUACUUGAGGCCCUCAAUUCCUAUUUCUUCAUCACUUUCUCGUUUCUAUACAACAUUUAAUGAACUUAUUUCUUAUCUACGACCAAUGGAAACUUGAAAAACGAGGAUUUGUGCUUGAAAAUAAUUGUAAAUGAAUGAGACAAGGUUCUCUGUACUACUUGAGCCAUUCAAUUCCUAUUUCUUCAUCACUUUCUCGUUUUUACACAAUGUUUAAUGAACUUAUUUCUUAUCUACGACCAAUGGAAACUUGAAAAACGAGGAUUUGUGCUUGAAAAUAAUUGUAAAUGAAUGAGACAAGGUUCUCUGUACUACUUGAGCCAUUCAAUUCCUAUUUCUUCAUCAGUUUUUCGUUUUUACACAAUGUUUAAUGAAAGUAUUCGCUGUCUGCGGUUACUGCAAGCUCGGAAAACGAAUGUUUGCGGUUGGAAAGGCUCGUGAAUGGGCGAAACGUGAAACUUGAUUUCGAUUGCACUUUACUAUGAUUAGUUGCACGUGGCUCGCUUUCAUUCACCUUGAUUCCCUCCCGCCAAAUUGCCGGAGUACUACUGGUAAACCCGUGAGGCUAUUGGUCUCCGUAUGCGUGCCGUCGGCCGCUGAUUGGCCGGUAUUUACUCCCGCACAAGCUGCGAGCACAAGGCCGAGUGGAACCGGAGCCCAGGUCAGGGUGCACGAUCGUUUCUUUCGCCAGUUGGAGCAGGAGUCUUGCGCAGUCGACAUCGUCCCGACUCUCCGGCCAUCGACUAUGGCUGUCCUACGAACAUUCACGCAGCCGCUGCUUUCAAACCGUGCCUUCGGCCCUUUUGGGCCCGUCUUUCAUCGAGCCAAUCUGGCCCUCGUACUCUGCCUGUCUCUAGCUAAAGGAGGUACGAGUACUCCGUUGGCAAGCCACUAUGCGAACGACGUGAACUACUACGAGAUAAGCAAUGAGGAGAGGUCAGACCCAUUGGAGAAGUUUUAUUUAAUUCGAGAACAGAGGUGGCACACAGACACUGUGCUGCCUAUUCCUUUAUUGCCAUCCACAGAGGGAAUGUCAGCUCGAUCUCAUCACAGGUAACACAUAAAUCCUCAUCAGUCCCAUAGUAAAUGUCUCAAUUUCACAGCCUUUUCCUUCCAUAAUUUUCCAAAGAAUAUCAUAGAAGCUAGGAAUCCACUGCCUUAUCCUCCAUAAUUUCCCAAAGCCAGGUCAGUCUUCAACCAACAAAAAUUAGGAACCCACUGCCUUAUCCUCAAUAAUUUUCCAAAGCCAGGCCAAUC